GAGUUGCAAAUCCAUGCCCUUACUGGGAAGACAUGGAGCGCUAUGGACACAGUCUACCCGAAUCGAGUAGGAAUCUCAACUAAAGGCAUAUUUCUUCAGUGAAGAAACAACCUCUUUGAGAGACCGAGAGAAAAAGAACGGCUGGCCCUGUUGAGGAUGGAGUGUGCAUUUGACGCACAGAAUCUGAUCUCCAUUUCUUUGAGGAAAAUCCAAAGCUCCAGGACGCAGAGAGGAGGCAUCAAGCUCCACAAGAACUUACUGGUAACGUACGUACUGAGAAACGCCAGGCAGUUUUAUAUGAGCAAAAACUUGUCGCAAACGCAAAGGACGCACCAAUACGAGGAUGUGGCGACAGUCCGCCAAAGGCAAGACUAUUUCGAAUUGACCGGGAGCUUAACGGAGUUGGCCGAUGACUUCUACUGCAACUUUACUGGGGUUGAGUCGGACACUUGGCAAUGCGGAGCGCACCAGCCCAACGGCCAGCCUGCAGAAGUGGCGCACCAAGACGCAUCGGCCUGCGCAAUGCUUUCGGCGAGCGACUCGGACCUCAUGGUUUCGGAAGCCUGUUGGAGUUGUGCAGACAAGUCCUCCUGGGAGUUACCUAUCCCAAACCUGCAAGCCAACCAAAAGACUGUCCUGGACUUGGACACGCAUGUGGUGACUACUGUCACGAAUGGGUACUUCCACUCAGACUGUUGCGCGCAGCCUAAACAGCCGCAGGGCGCGCAGUGCUACGCUAAAAAGCGAAAGAUGGACACAAGUUAUCAUAUUGUUGAUCCAGAGUUUUAUUUGCCAGACUUUGGGCCACUGCCUUGCAAAAGGAUGAGGACGGAGGAUGAUUUAUAUUCGGACUCGGAACAGUUGGACAGCACAAACAUCUCCAACCUGAUCUCAGUGUUGGGUUCAGGUGGACUAUCCGAGUUUGUGAGUUGGCAGCAAACGGACCUUGAGCAAAUAUUCGCCGCUCAAACAAUUUGUUUAAAACACACACUGUUAUCCGGCAGUGGAUGGACCAGAGCAAUUGAAGCAUUUUGAUUUGUAUGAUUGUUUGUCUUUGUAUUGUUUCAUGUUAUUGCUUUCAAAUAAACCAUGACACGACUGUAAUUCCCCAUCUCCUCUGUUAUUUUGAUGAAAUGUGAUAUUACAGAGCAAACGUGUUCAUUUUGGAUCACUUUUGAAUAGUAACAUCUGUCGUGCCUGUUGGUAUGCUUCCUUCACACGGUAAACAUUAAUUGUACCUUUUCAUUUAAACGUUAUUUUCCUGUGUUUCGUUUGGGAGAACUGGAGUCCGUCUUUGGUUCGCAGCUCCUUUCCCAAAGAAAUGACUUUAACUUGCUGUUUCUGUGCAAAGACGUUGGACGAGCUCCACCACGUGGCCAUUAAAGAUCUGUGCAGCCUCGUGCAGCAUCUCAACGCAGAAUAUCAUUCUGUAAAUGUAUUAUUCAUUUCAGGGCCUGCCUUUAUUAAUCAAUAAAACUAACAUCAUUUAAAAAGAAA